UAUACUAACCUUAAAGUUAACCUAACCUUCAAAUAUCAUAUAUGCAUGUUCUGUUGCUCGAAACACUUUUAAUUUUCAUUUACUUGUUUAAUACCAUGCACGCACCGAGGACUCUGCAUUCGCACAGCUCGGGGAUCUGUCAAAUGAGGUUGCAUGAAGUCCUGUUCAUAAUCGCCCCACCUAGUCAAGAUACAUGCGUCAGAACUACUAUCAUGAUGCCAAGCCUACAUCAGGCCCUAUGCAGCCUCGGUAUACCACGUGCUGCAUCAGUCCUUACCUGUGGUGCGUCAAGUUAUCCCCAUGCCGCGUCAACCUUACCCAUGCUGCGUUACGUCCGCGUCGAGCUUCAUCUUGCCUCGUCACUGAUGGGGCAGCCGUGAUAAGCUUCGUCGGUUCAAUGAUGGUGAUACUAUGGAGAGUGUUGUUUGGAAAAUACAACGUCCGAUGAACGUGCAUAUAUCUGACGAGCAACGCGAAUCCGAGGUCUCCCAGUAAUCGGACAUUCGUGCCGCCUAUCUCCCUUUGAGUAC